AAAAGUUGGCCACACUGGCCACCGCGCACCGUAAACAUCGCCAGAACCGAACACGUCAGCUACGCGGAUUUGAUUAACAAAAAAAACGGUUUGUUUGUGGAUAGCGCAACCCGGAAAACCGAUUGAUCUGUUGCAGCCUCCGUCCACGUUAGCAUCCUUAUCCGCCAAGUAUUUCUGUGGACCCAAAGCUGCUUCAAAAUGGUACUCAUCGCUGCGGCAGUCUGCACCAAGAAUGGCAAAGUGAUUCUGUCACGUCAGUUUGUGGAGAUGACGAAGGCACGCAUCGAGGGUCUGCUGGCCGCCUUUCCCAAGCUAAUGACCGCCGGCAAGCAACACACCUACGUGGAAACGGACUCGGUGCGCUAUGUCUACCAGCCAAUGGAGAAGCUUUACAUGCUGCUCAUUACCACAAAGGCCAGUAAUAUACUGGAGGAUCUGGAGACGCUGCGUUUGUUCUCCAAAGUGAUUCCCGAGUAUAGUCACUCUUUGGAUGAAAAAGAGAUUGUGGAGAAUGCCUUUAAUUUGAUCUUUGCCUUCGAUGAAAUCGUGGCCUUGGGCUACCGGGAGAGCGUCAAUCUGGCCCAGAUCAAGACCUUUGUGGAGAUGGACUCGCAUGAGGAGAAGGUCUAUCAGGCGGUAAGGCAGACCCAAGAGCGUGAGGCACGCCAAAAGAUGCGCGAAAAGGCCAAGGAGCUGCAGCGUCAACGCAUGGAGGCCAGCAAACGUGGCGGUCCCUCAAUGGGCGGUCGCAGUGGUGGCUUUAGUGCCGAUAGCUUUGGCAGCAGCAGCGGCGGCGGGAUGGGCAGCAGCUCUGGUGGCAUUAGUGGGGUAUCCUCCUCCUCAAGUGGCGGUGGCGGCAUUACCUCCAUUGAUUUGGACAGUUCCAAGUCCAAGGUGGCAGCAAAACCCACUUCACGCAAUGCCCUUAAGUUGGGUGGCAAAUCCAAGGAUGUGGACAGCUUUGUGGAUCAGCUAAAGAGCGAGGGCGAAAAGAUAGCCAAUCUGGCUCCAGUGGCUCCGGCUGCGGCCAGUGCCAGUGCAGCAGCAGCAGCAGCCAAGGCCAUCUCGGCGGAUAUACAUAGAGAGAGUGUGCAUCUAAAGAUUGAGGACAAGCUGGUGGUACGCCUGGGACGCGAUGGUGGGGUCCAGCAGUUUGAAAACUCUGGCCUGCUAACUCUACGUAUUACGGACGAGGCCUAUGGCCGUAUCCUAAUGAAGCUAUCGCCGAAUCACACACAGGGCCUGCAGCUGCAGACGCAUCCCAAUGUGGACAAGGAGCUGUUCAAGUCAAGGAACACCAUUGGUUUAAAGAAUCUGGGCAAACCGUUUCCCCUUAACACCGAUGUGGGUGUGCUCAAGUGGCGUUUUGUCUCGCAGGAUGAGUCGGCCAUUCCAUUGACCAUCAACUGCUGGCCAUCGGACAAUGGAGAAGGUGGCUGCGAUGUAAAUAUUGAAUAUGAACUGGAGGCCCAACAGCUGGAGCUGCAGGAUGUGGCCAUUGUUAUACCCUUGCCAAUGAAUGUCCAACCAUCGGUGGCCGAAUAUGAUGGCACCUAUAACUAUGAUUCACGCAAGCAUGUCUUACAAUGGCACAUUCCCAUCAUUGAUGCCGCCAACAAGUCUGGUUCCAUGGAGUUUAGCUGCAGUGCCUCCAUACCAGGCGAUUUCUUUCCCUUGCAGGUCUCGUUUGUCUCAAAGACACCAUAUGCUGGUAUUGCUGCCGAGGAUGUUGUCCAGGUGGACAAUGAGACGGCGGCUGUGAAGUAUUCAUGCGAAUCGAUAUUGUUUGUGGAGAAGUACGAGAUCGUGUAGAAAGGGGCCAUGGCCAUCUCUCCCCCCUAAAAGUAGUACAUAAAUAAUACAUAUAAAAAAACACUAGAAAUCCAUAUGUUCUUUUUCUGUUAAAGAUUAUUUUUACACGAGGCAAAAAAAAAAACAAACAAAAAUUAUUCCAAAUGAGAGGUUCAUCAUCGAAGGAAAAGCUAUUAAAUAAAACUUAUUUUGUGCACUCCCAGGCGCUGCGUCUAACGGUAUACAUAUAUAUAUAUAUAUUAAAAUAAAUGAAUUGAAAGGCAAAACAA